CUGCACAUGCGCAAUGGUUCACACACCUGCAGAGCGAUGAGAGUCGAAAUAGGAAGUGAAACACUGCGAACUUGAUGCAAACAUUGUCUAAAAACACAUAACUGUUUAUCUGGAAAGGAUCUGAACCCGCGUGGGAACAUGUUUAAGAAACUCAAGCAGAAGAUUAACGAGGAGCAGUCUCCACAGCGGAAUGCGCAGUCACCACAGGCCCAGGUGGGUCCUGGUGGCGACAGACGUGGCAGCCACACGCCUUCCCUGCCGCGCGACGGACCUGUGUUGCCUAGUGACAGAGAGGUUGACUCCCCCGCUUCUGGUGUAGGUGUGAGGUCUCCCAGAGGAAGCAUCAAUGGAGAUGGGGGUGCUUCUCCUCAGAGGGCCGAGCCCCAAUCGCUGGCCCAGAAGCUCCUGAAGGUUCCCUCAGUGGAGUCCCUGCUCCGCUCAGCCGGCCGUGCCGAGGGCCUGUUCCGCUCUGCCUCCCGGGAGUCCCUGCCCCCCCUGGGGGAGGCCGAACCCCCCGCUUACGACCCCCCCUCCGACCUGGAGAGCGAGGUGGAGGAGGGAGAAGGCGGUGAGGGGGGGGAGGUGUCUAAGGAACAUCAGUCUCACCGUCUGGCCAGGCUGGAGAAGAGCCUGGGCAAGUACCGAGUGAAGUACUCUGAGCUGGUGACAGCGUACCGUUCAGUACAGAGGGAUAAAGAGAAAACCCAGGUUAUCCUCAGCCAGAGUCAAGACAAAGCCUUGCGAAGGAUAGGAGAGCUGAGAGAGGAGCUUCAGAUGGACCAGCAGGCUAAGAAGCACCUGCAGGAUGAGUUUGAUUCUGUGCUGGAGGAGAAAGAUCAGAUGAUCACAGUUCUGCAGACACAGGUGGCCCUGAUGAAGAAGCGCAUGCAGGGGGCUGCUGGAGGAGCCAUGACCCAGGACAGUGAGCCAUCCCUGGGCCAGGAGACUGCAGACCCUACCACCCCCCAGAGCCCCUCCAGAGACCCUGCAGCAGACUCAGGCGCCAGUGAUGCAGGGGGCGAUGGGGGUCCAGGCCAGACCUUGCAGGCGCUGCAGAAGAGGGUGAAGAGGCAGGAGAACAUCCUCCAGAGGUGUAAGGAAGUGUUGAGGACCCAUCAGGAGCGCAGCGUUCAACUGGGCAGUGAGAACGAGGUUCUGCAGCAGCAGCUGCAGGAGAGGCUGCAGGAGCUGGAGAAGACCAAGGAGCUCCACACCACAGAGAAGACCAAGCUGAUCACUCAGCUGCGUGAUGCCAAGAACCUGAUAGAACAACUGGAGCAGGACAAGGGCAUGGUGAUUGCAGAGACGAAGAGGCAGAUGCAUGAGACUCUGGAGAUGAAGGAGGAGGAGAUUGCAGCGCUGCGCUCCAGAGUCCAGCAGGCCACUGCUCAGAGGGACCUGCUGCAGGAGCACCGAGAACACUCAGAGAGGGCAGCAUUUGAGGAGCUGGAGAGAGCUCUGAGCGUGGCCCAGCGGGCGGAGGAGGCGCGGAGGCAGCUGGAGGAGCAGGUGAAGGAUGUGGAGCGGGCCGGGGAAGAGGAGAGGAGGAAUCUGCAGCAGGAACUCAGCCGAGUCAAACAGGAAGUGGUCACCAUCAUGAUGAAGUCUUCGGAGGAGAAGGUUUGUGAGCUGGAGAAGCAACACAAAGAGGCGCUGGAGCAGAAGGAGCAGGAGGCCCUCGCUAGGAUCAGCCAGGCUGUGGAGCAGUGUGAGCAGGUGUGUGAGCAGGCGUCCAAGGAGCGGGUGCAGCAGGCAGUGCUGGAGCUGGAGGAAAUGCAGCUGCAGAGAGCUGCUCUGGAGGCAGCCGCCCUGAGCCGCGCCCAGGAGGUAGAGUUAGACCUGGAGGCAGCCAGGACGAGGAUACUGGAGCUGGAGAGUUGUCAGGCGCAGAGUGAGCCGGCUGCAGACCAGGCCUCCCAGCUGGGGCAGGAGCACAGGCCAGGCCUGGAGGCUGGGCAGCAGGAGGCCCUGGAUAAGAGGCUGCAGGAGGAGGAGGCACGGCACAGGAAGGAGCUGGAGGAGGUCAGGCUGCAGCACCAGGAGUCUCUGGGAGGUGUGGAGAAAACACUGAAAGAAGAGUUGAACAAGCUGAAGACGGCGUUGCAGGGAAAAGAAGAGGAGCUGGAGGAGCACCUGCAGCGAGAAAGCAGGCUGAUGGAGGAGGCGGAGGCCACGCUGCAGGAACGCGACGUCAACGCUCGGGACCUGGAGGAGACCCGGCAGAGACUGGAGGCCGCUCGGAAUGCUGAGGAAGAACUGCACCACUGCAAUACUCAGCUGGACCAGCUCACAGACGAGCUCAGACGCUGUCACAGCAAGCUAGAGGACUUGGAGCGACACAUGGAGGCUGCACAGAGAGACUGUCUGCAGAAGGAAGAGGCUCUUCAGCUCAAAGUGAAAGAGCUUCAGGAGACAGAGCUGCAGUUACAGCAGACUAGGAAGGAACUCUCGGAGCAAGAUGAGAGGAUGUGUGAGAAGUGGAGGGCUGGGCAGGAGCUGCAGGAGAGGCUGAAGAAACAGCUGGAAGACCAGAAAGCUUCUCACGAGAAGAAAAUUGAAAAUGUCAGGAAAGACAUCGAGGGCAAGUCGAAGGCUCAGGAGACGAAGAUGGAGAAAUUUAAACAGAAAGCAAAAGAGAUGCAGGAGAAGCUUAAGAAGAAGCUCCAGGAGAGCGAGGAGGCACUGAAGGAGAGCAAGGUGGCUCUGAAGGAGAAGGAUGCGGCGCUGCAGCAGCAGGAGCAGGAGGCGCAGGCCCGGUUUCUGCUGGAGAAGUCUCGAGAGCUGGAGGAGGUGUCCCAGCAGGUUGGGAGGAGCAGGGAGGUGCAGGAGCAGGCCCAGCAGGAGGUGAGAGACCUGAGGGAGGAGCUGGCCAUCCGGGAGACCACAGUACAGAAGUUGCAGGCUGAACUGAGGGAGGCUGCGUCCCAGCGGGAGGCCCUGGCGGACAGGGAGCGCAGGCUAAAGCAGCAGCUCGAGGGCUUGGAGAGGAACCUCAGCCAGACCCUCAGCCAGAAGAACCACACCCAGGACCAGCUCAGUAGGACCGGGGAAGAGAGCAAGGCCAAGCUGCAGACGCUGUCCCACAGAUGCGAGGACGCGGAAAGGAAGCUGCAGGCCCUGGAGGCUUCGCGCUCCCUUGAGGACGACCUGCGGCGGACGCUGGAGGAGGAGUUUCAGACACGGUCCGCUGCAGUCAGCCAGCAGCUGGAGCAGGUCUGUAUGGAGAUCCACACCAGGAUGGAGGGAGCAGCGGGUCAGCUCUGUGAACGGGUGGAGGCCAGGGUGGGAGAGCUGCAGGACAGGGUGUUCCGCAGUCAGAAAAGGGUGGCGCACCUUAAAAAUGUCCUCCUCACCAAGGUGGACAGAAUCCGCACUUUAGAGGAGGGUAUCCGGCAGAGGUCGGAGGAGAACCAGAAGCUAUGCAGUUCAGUAGAGCAGGUGACUUCUCAGCUCCAAGCGCACACGGAGCGAAUCCAAGCCUUAACAACGGAAAGAGUCUCUCUACUGGCCGAUGCAGAGAAGCACUCUCAGGCUCUCUCAAAGAAAGCCCUCCGUGUGCAGCAGCUCAGCCAGGAGAACACUGCCAUCUCAGAGACUGUUAAAAGUAGCACGUUGCACAUCAGCAACCUGGAGAGGAUGGUCCAGGACCUAAAGACCCAGCUAGUGGGGAAGGAGGAGGAGAGGCAGCAGGAGCAGCAGGAGCUGCUAAGACAGAUGGAGGACAGGAUGGAGAAACUCCACCAGGACAAGAUGGCCGCCACGGAGAAGGCUGAGUCGCUCAAGGACAACCUGUCAGAGUUCAAGGGCAAGGCAGAGGCCAAGUUCACCCAGAACCACGACACAGUCCAGGCCCUGCAGGCCCGGCUGGAGGGGAUGGAGAGGCAGGUGGCGGAGAGGGACGAGGAUCUGCGGAGGCUGGAGCAGGCCAGUGGGGACCGUCAGUCCAUCAGCAAGUCUGAGAUGGACCAGGCCCUGAGCGAGAAGGAGCAGAAGAUGAGUGCGCUGGGGGCGGAGCUGGAGCGCUGCAGCGUGACCCUCAGUGAGCGGGAGCAGCAGCUGGCCGCUAGGACCCGGGAGUGUGAGCAGCUCACGGCUGAUCUGAGGCAGCAGCGCAGCCUCUGGGAGGCUGAGAGGAAGGAGAGGAGCGGGCAGCUGCAGCUCUCCCAGGACCAGUCCAGCCAGCGUGCCCAGGAGGCAGAGGAGAAGCUGCAGGCCCUGGAGAGGGAGAAGGUGAGGCUCAGACAGGAGCUGCAGGUACAGAAGAAGGACUUUGAGAAGAAGGAAGAGGAGGUGCUGAGGAGUCAGGAGGAGAGGCUGAUGGCGGAGGGCGCCGGGAAAAUGUCAGAGCUGAAGAAGAAGGCUGAGCAGAAGAUUGUCCAGAUCAGGAAGCAGCUCAACUCCCAGCUGGAGGAGAAGGACAGGAGCAUUAGGAGCCUACAGGCUCAGCUGGAGGAAGUGAAGAAGGAGGUAAAGGAGCAGGAGCAGAACAACAACAGCCUUCUUGCUCAGCUGGAGGAGGUGAAGGAGCAGAGUCUGAAGACCUUGCAGGCUCAGCUGGAGGAGGAGAAGGAGCAGAGUCUGAAGACCUUGCAGGCUCAGCUGGAGGAGGAGAAUGAGCAGAGUCUGAAGACCUUGCAGGCUCAACUGGAGGAGGAGAAGGAGCAGAGUCUGAAGACCUUGCAGGCUCAGCUGAAGGAGGAGAAGGAACAGAGUCUGAAGACCUUGCAGGCUCAGCUGGAAGAGGAGAAGGAGCAGAGUCUGAAGACCUUGCAGGCUCAACUGGAGGAGGACAAGGAGCAGAGUCUGAAGACCUUGCAGGCUCAGCUGGAGGAGGAGAAGGAGCAGAGUCUGAAGACCUUGCAGGCUCAACUGGAGGAGAAGAAGGAGCAGAGUCUGAAGACCUUGCAGGCUCAGCUGGAGGAGGAGAAGGAGCAGAGUCUGAAGACCUUGCAGACUCAGCUUGAGGAGGAGAAGGAGCAGAGUCUGAAGACCUUGCAGGCUCAACUGGAGGAGGAGAAGGAGCAGAGUCUGAAGACCUUGCAGGCUCAGCUGGAGGAGGAGAAGGAGCAGAGUCUGAAGACCUUGCAGGCUCAGCUGGAAGAGGAGAAGGAGCAGAGUCUGAAGACCUUGCAGGCUCAGCUUGAGGAGGAGAAGAUGACCAGGCAGGAAGCCCUGGAGGAGAGGAGGAGAGAGCUGCAGGGCUCCAUGUCGGAGCUGAGGAAAGAGCAGGAGAAGCGCCUGGAACAGGUACGCAGCGAGGAAAGGCUGGAGAGGGACAGUUGUCUACAGAGGCUGAAAGACAUGUACGAGCAGAAACUGGCUUCCCUCCAGAAAGAAGACAAAGAGGAGGAGAACCAGCCCGAUAAGACUGCAGCUAUGCAAGAAGAGAUCAGGCAGAAGCUCAGAGAGGCGGAGGAGCAGAACGCUCUCCUCCAAGCAGAACUCAGCCGUCUGGGCCGAGAUUCGGAGGACAGGAGCCGGGCCGCCACAGCUCCCAAGAGGGAGGAGGAGAAAAACUGCCUCCUGGAGGACGGGCCGGGAGGCUCUCUGCAGAGCCAGCUGGCGGAGGCGACAGUUGAGAUGCAGAAAGUCCAGAGGGAGUUCCUGCGGCUGCAGGAAGACAUGCGGGCGCUGAGGCGGGAGCACCAGCAGGAGCUGGAGCUUGUCAGGAAGGAGCUGGGCGAGGAGAACGACAGGAAGCUUCAACUGGAGGUGGAGGAGGUGGAAGCCAGACACAGCUCGUCUCUGAAGCAACUGAUGAGGGAGUUCAACACGCAGCUGGCUGUGAAGGAGAGGGAUCUGGACGCUGCAGUAAAGGAGGCCAUCGGAAGGGCCCAGGGUGUGGAGGCUGAACUCAUGACCGGCCACAGGGAGGAGGUCUCCCAGCUGCACAAGCAGAUCUCCCAGAAGGAGGACGAUAUGCAGAAGACGGUCCAAAGAUAUGAGGAGGUGCUGCAGAGUCGUGAACAGGAGAUGGGGGACAGGGUGUGGCAGGUGCAGAAGGAGAUGGAGGACCUUCACACCAGGAUGCAGGACAACCCCCAGGAUGGGAUGGAGGAGCUGCAGGCCCAGCUAGCUCAGAAGACCACUCUGUUGAGUGAGGCCAGGCUGAAGGAGCAGGGACUGGUUGACAGGAUCCACUUACUGGAGGACAAGAUGAGAUGCGUCCACAGGAACUCAGUAGUGACCCAUCUAACAAGCUCUUACAAAGGUGUUCAUGGUGCUGACGGACUCUCGGAGCCCACAGAGUUUGAGUACCUGAGGAAGGUUCUGUUUGAGUACAUGAUGGGGCGAGAAACCAAGACCAUGGCCAAGGUGAUCACCACCAUGCUAAAGUUUCCUCCAGACCAGGCCCAGAAGCUGCUGAAGAACGAGGACUCCAAGACCGCUCCCUGGCUACGCGUGGAGGGAUUCAGUUGAGGGAUGGAUGCUGCUACAGGGCCAGACUGCCAUGGACUUAAUUAAACCCAUCUCCUGUGUGUGUGAUUUUUAACAUGUAAGUGUUUGUGUGGUUGUUAGGGAGUAAUGGUGUGUGUGUGUGGUCAUUAGGGUAUAAGUAUGAGUGUGUGUGGUUGAAUGCUGUGAGGGAGCUUGAUAAAAUAUGCAGAGAUCAGAUAAAUUCUUCCAUGAUUUAAGUUAUUUUAAACAUUAAUAAAUUAUUCAAUUUCUAAAUUAAGUUUUUAGUCCAAGGUUAGUCCAAGGGUUUUCAUUUAAUUUACGUUUGGAUAGUUCUGUAGUUAAUGGAUGGCUUGUGCAAUAAAAUUAAAGAUGUUGAUUAUAAUGUUUGAAUUGAUCAGGUUAUUUUCAUCUUUCCCUGUGACUUCCUGUCUCACUUCCUGUGUUUUUGUGACAGUUGAGGUCACAUGACCCCAUUAGCCCUGACAAUGUAGAAACACUAGCUUCCAGAAUUUAUCACUGCUUUUCUACUUUAUAUUCACAGUACUGACAAAUCAUAUGCCAUGUAAAUUGUAUAUAAUGAAGCUGACUGUUGCUUUAGUAAAACAUUUUGAGAGACACUAAUUAAAGUCCUAUUUGCAAUAUUUGUU